AUGGAAGAAUCCACGCACCUAGCAGCACUUUGCAAGAUUGCAGAUUUGAAGCGAUCGAAACAGGCUGAACUGGGCGACUCGGCGCCGUCGGCGUCUUCCCAGAAUAUGAACUGGCGCCUCGGCGCGUCGUGUCUCUUUUCGCAACUGGUCGUCCUCUCGUCUCCUGGAUUACUGGCGGCCGUCUCCGCCGUGCCUGCGAAAGGGGAAAUGGGGCGUCCCGUCGUGUCGCGCCGGCGCCGCUCGCCCCAUUAUCCUUCUUGGCCUCCUCACCCACCGACCAUCCCCAACUCUCCUCCUCGCCCUCUGGCCUGCGCGCCGGCAGCUGUCGCCAUUGAGAUGAUGAGCUCCUCCUCCGGCUCCGGCUCCCGCUAUCUCGACCCACACCUCGUCUACGAGCUCGUCAUCCGCCGCAUGCCGCGCCAACUCCUUGACUACUUGGAUUCGAUACCCGGAUCAUCCCAGGACCUGCACUGCUACCGGAUCAAACUUGUCGGGGAGACUCUCCUGUCGCCGCCAAGAAAAAUACCCGAAGAGAACAGGUGGAUCAUGAUUUUGGGCAAACGGGCGUGGGGUCACGCGAUAUAUAGCAGACUUUGUGCACCUCCGAUGGUUGAUAAUCCCACCAAUUUUACAUCAGAUGCAGGUCAUAGUAUGCAUCUACACAAUUCAAGUUUAUACUCUGGAAGGAUGUUGACCAAUGAACCUGAGCUCAGCCAUGCUGCAAUGCUUGAUGAAUUAUCUGCUUCUAGAUCACGGAAUCAUGCUGCAACAUUUCCUCCACUGAAGGAAAACUCGAAUGAUGUGAUGCUUCAUGAAACAUCUGCUUAUAACUUCAGAACUCAUGCUUCAGCAUAUGCUCCAUCGCGAGCACAAGCAUUGGAAGAAAUCAUGCAGAAUAUUGUCUCUCCAGAUGGGACACUUGAACUCGGAACAUUUUGGCUGUGCCACCCUGGGUCGGAGCAAUUCACUCUACAGGGGCUGCCGCCGAAUAGAAAAAGGGUACCCACAGUAAAUAUGAAAGGAAAGAGAUAUGCUGCAUCAGAAGUAGACCAGAUAAAAGUGGAGAUCCUGAGGGUGAACGUUGCUUCUUUGGUUGCACAGGAUGGACUUGAUAGUGCUGCAGGGGUGUUGAUUAGGAAUGGAAGCACGGCACAGUUCAUCAGUGCAUCAUGUUUCAGUCCGAUACUACGCACAGAGCCAACUCUUCUUUUUGCAGCUGCUUGUUGUGAAGCGAUUAAAAUCGCGCUGUCAUAUCAACCAACUACUAUUGUGCUGGAGUCCCACCUGUUGUUCAGUCUGCGCAACCCGCUAUAUGCUGAUCCGAAUCAACAGCCAGAUAUAGUACAGUUGACAGAGUUCCUGAGCCAGGGUCACCCCCAUUUCAUACUUCAGAGCAUUUCGGAAGAAUCCAAUCUUGCUGCUUGUCGAUUGGCCCUUAACGUUUUGCACAUAAAAGAGUCCUAUAUGUUCUUCAAUGAUCCGCCGGAAUGGCUUGUCCCUUACUUAGGUGAGUGAGGAUAGUUUACUCUUGAGUUCGAAAACUCACUGGCUACUCAGUAGAAAGCUUCAAACAGAAGGUGCAUGGUGCAUCUGGCAGCUACAAGCUUUUUUCUUUGGGUGUACAACUGUAGAUAUAGUCAGUAUACAGAGACGGUAACAUUCUCGUAGUAUCUGAUGAGGCUAUUGAUACAUAUAUGGCAUAU